CCUAACGAAUGACUAGUUUACACGUCAAUUUACAAAACGAAAAAGGCCAUAUAAUAAGGCACUUCAUAAAACAAAAAUGGGACUUACAAUAUCAAGCCUUUUGACACGUCUUUUUGGAAAAAAGCAAAUGAGAAUUCUUAUGGUUGGCUUGGAUGCUGCCGGAAAAACGACUAUAUUAUACAAACUUAAGUUGGGAGAAAUUGUUACUACCAUCCCAACAAUAGGAUUUAACGUGGAAACAGUAGAAUAUAAAAAUAUAUGUUUUACCGUUUGGGAUGUGGGCGGCCAAGACAAAAUCCGUCCAUUGUGGCGUCACUAUUUCCAAAAUACGCAAGGACUGAUUUUUGUUGUGGACUCCAACGAUCGGGAUCGUAUUAAUGAAGCCGAGAAAGAACUGCAAAACAUGCUCCAAGAAGAUGAGCUUAGGGAUGCAGUGUUGUUAGUCUUUGCUAACAAACAGGACCUGCCGAACGCAAUGACGGCUGCUGAGCUAACGGACAAGUUACGCCUGAACCAAUUAAGGAAUCGCCACUGGUUUAUUCAAGCCACCUGUGCUACCCAGGGUCAUGGACUGUAUGAAGGACUUGAUUGGCUUUCAGCUGAAUUGGCUAAAAAAUAAAUUUAUAUGGAUUUAAUGGAUAUAAAAUUGUAACGUAAGAAUUCGUAUAUUGUCCUAUGCUGAAAACUAGACCAUAAAUAAACUUGUACAUGUAUAAAAAGUUUUUUUAUAACUUCUGAA